AUGACAUUCAAUACACGUCAGGCGCUAUGUUCGCCUGUCACUUGCAACGCUUGUCAGUAUUAUUCAUCUUCAACUUCACCGACUGCUUUGCACAAUCGAAAUUAUGCCAUAACCUUGGAUAGCGUAAAUUAUACCAUCCACCAGCAAGGUUGGUUGAACGUCGAACAAUUCUACUGUGGCAGCAAUAGUAUUGGCUUGAGCACCUUCACUUUACACUUACGUGUGCAAAAAAAUAUUACUGAAUUUCAAAUACGUGAUAAUUUUUUUAUUUUACGCAAAGGAAACACAAUACAGAAUACAGAAGUAAUUAACGCCUGUGACAUGUUAAAUGGGAAUUAUGGCAAUGCCAUGAUAAAGCUUAGCAUACUGGAGCUGCAUCAAGUGACGCGACCAGUGUUUUUGUGUCCACUGAUUGAGAACACACUUUAUAUCAUCACCAACUAUACCUUGCGUCCCAGUGUAUACCCACCAUAUUUACCUCUAAUGAGUUACGUUGAAAUAGUUGAAUUCUCUAUGGGUGGUGUACAUUAUUUGGAUUUAAUCUUUAAAGGUAGAGUUAAGAAAGCAUAG